AUGACGUCACCUCGACUCGUGUUGGAUCCGAGUGCGCGGCUGCCUUUUGUGGCGCCGCUUGUCCUCGCGAAUGUAGCGCGCGAGAAAAAGCAAGACAGCGUUGAUCUGUCGUUCGAAGUCAAUGCACCGACCGCCCUCCAGUCGAGCGAGUCCGUCGAGGGCGCUUUGCCUGUGCUGCGGGCCCUGGCCUCGAUGGCCGACAUGAUGGGCACCAGCGAUGCGGAGAAGCAGGCAGUUGAGUCAUUCUUGACGCAGUCUGAAUCGAUGGCUUCAGCUCCGUUCCAACAGGCCAUGCAAAGCGCAGAUGAUCUUGAUCAGCAUCUCGCGCUUCGCACCUACCUUGUCGGCGCCCGUGUGUCUGCAGCUGAUGCGGCCAUCUGGGGCGCCAUUCGCUCAUCGUCACCGCUGCUGGGUAUUAUCAAGAAGCAUGCGCAUGCACACCUUGCGCGCUGGUUUGCCCAUGUCGAUGCUCUGCCAGCGUUUUCAGGGGCCGUGGCAGCUAUGAACGAGGCGAAGAGUAACAUGUUCAAAAACAAGAAGACGGCGGCGGGCUUUGACCUUUUCCUGCAGGGUGCCAAGGAGGGCGAGGUCGUGACGCGGUUCCCGCCGGAGGCGAGUGGCUACCUGCACGUCGGCCAUGCGAAGGCUGCGAUCCUCAACCAAUACUUUGCCAAGGCCUACAAGGGCCGUCUCAUCGUGCGAUUCGACGAUACAAAUCCAAGUAAGGAAAAGCAGGAGUUUGAGGAUGCGAUUGUGGAAGAUUUGGCGCUCCUUGGCAUCAAGGCUGAUGUGGUCACGCACACGUCCGACUACUUUGAAAAGCUGCAAGAGUUGGCUGUGCGCAUGAUCAAGGAAGGUCAUGCCUAUGCGGACGAUACGCAGCAGGAGCAGAUGCGUGCCGAGCGUAUGGACGGCAUUCCGUCUCGACGCCGCGACGCGUCCGUCGAGGAGAACCUGCAGCACUUUGAGGCCAUGCUGCAGGGCACCGAAGAAGGCCGCUCGUGGUGCCUGCGUGCCAAGAUGAGUGUCGAUAAUCCGAACAAGGCGAUGCGUGAUCCUGUCAUGUACCGCUGCAACGCUGAUGUGCCGCACCAGCGCACGGGCACAAAGUGGAAGGCGUACCCGACGUACGACUUUGCUUGUCCCGUGGUCGACAGCCUCGAGGGCGUGACGCAUGCGCUGCGUACGAACGAGUACCAUGACCGCAACCCACAGUAUGCAUGGUUCUUGCAGGCCCUUGGUUUGCGCAAUGUCGAGAUUUGGGACUACGGCCGCCUCAACUUUGUGUACACGCUUCUGAGCAAGCGCAAAUUGCAGUGGUUUGUCGAUCAUGGCGUGGUGUCCGAUUGGUCCGACCCGCGCUUCCCGACGGUGCGUGGUAUCCGUCGCCGCGGCAUGACCAUCGACUGUAUUCAGCAGUUUAUCCUGUCGCAGGGUCCGUCGCAGCAGAUUAUCAACAUGGAGUGGGACAAUAUCUGGGCGCUCAACAAGCGUCUCUUGGACCCCGUCGUGCCGCGUUUCGUCGCGUUGUCAGAGAACCAGCUCGUCAAGGCGACCAUUCAGGGUGCCCCACCUGCGCAUGAGAAGCAGGUGCCUCGUCACAAGAAGAAUGCCGAGCUGGGUGUGAAGACCACCGUGUAUGACAGUCAUAUUUUCCUGGAGCAGGCGGAUGCGGCUAGCUUUGGCGACAAUGAGGAAAUUACGCUCAUGGACUGGGGUAAUGUCAUUGUGCGCAACAAGAGCGUGCAGGAUGGCGUCGUGACGGCUCUUGAGCUCGAGGCUCAUCUCGACGGAGACUUUAAGGUGACCAAGAAAAAGGUCACUUGGCUCGCUCAGCCGACCGAGUCGCGUCAUCUCACUCCUGUCAUGCUCCUUGACUUUGACUAUCUGAUUACGAAGAAGAAGCUCGAGGAGGACGACAACUUCACCGACUUCCUUACACCACAGACGCGUUUCGAGACGCCCGCGCUGGCUGAUGCGAACGUCGCUGAGCUCAAGGAGGGUGACCAAAUUCAGUUUGAGCGCAACGGCUACUACAUUCUCGACAAGGUCCAGGGAGUCGAUGGUCGUCGCGAGUUUAUCAAGAUUCCGGAUGGCCGUGCCGCUUCGAGUGCCAGCAAGGCGGCCCCGGAUGAGAACCCGGAGCAGAAGAAGGCCGCUGCUGCCGCUGCCCGUGCCCAAAAGGCCGCGCAAAAAGAGGAAAAAAAGAAGCAAAAAAGCGGUAAGGCGCCCGCUGCUGACCCCGUGCAGAAGCUGAUUGAGGAGGGCACGAAGAGCAUUCACAUGUACGCCGCGCCCCUCGUCCAAACACCCACCGACGUGCCUGUCAGCACGACCAUGUACCGAAUGCGCCCGCUGAUGUAG